ACAUUAUUUUGACACAAUGUAAAAUAAGUUUACUUUCAUGUAACAUAGCAGUUAAUACAGUAAUCAAUACUGGAUUAUAUUACAUCAUAUUAUUCUGUGCUUAUUAAAUGUAAUGCUUGUCAUUAAAACCUGCAUUGAGCAAAGAGUCUCAAAAUUACGGAAUAUAAAGAAACUACAAACUCUGCACUGGAACUGCCUAAUUGUGCUGGCAGGAUGAUGGUCGCAUCCACAUCAAUGAUAAAGUUGGAUCCAACUCACAGAUACAAUCCAUCUCUUCCUGAAAUGGAGUAUCAUCAUAUUCGUCCACUCAACAAUGACCAGAAUUCAGUUUUUACUUCCCAAAGUUCUUACGAUCCAGUAAACGACACAAGAUUUGUACCUGUAUCAGUUACUGAAACUUACAAGGAAUAUUACAGUUCACCAGCUAAUGGUAGCGAAGAUAACAAUAGACCUUACAGCAUGUCAACUGGAACGGAGACUUUCUAUUCAGACUCGAGAAACAGCGAUUCAAAUUCACCUCCUGAAAGAAAAUUGAUUAUGCAAGAUGAAGGUCAACAUACACAAAUGACCAACAGUCAACUUUCUAACAAAACUUAUGGUUGCACUCGGUCACCCACUCAACUCUCACCUCCCCCCAAACGUUUCAUUGAAAGAUCAUCACCAGCAAAAAUGCAAUGUGAUAUGCCGAUGCAAAAUGCUUCUAUCACCAAAACAGAUCUACAAACAUACAAUGAUCCGAGGUAUGCAAGUCCGUUUGUCAAUCCUCCAAAUCACUGUUUUGAAACCAAACCUAUCAUUAAUCCUUCGGAUACAUCGGGAAUUGUUGGAUAUACAAGUACGAUAUCUGCUAAUCCUGAUUUUUACAAAUCCUCUUAUAUGGUUUCGAAGGAGAGUGAUGUGAACGAAAAUGAAGUUAUCACCUAUACAUCUCUCUCAUCUACUAAUGAUGAAAGACAUUUUUCUCAUUCUUCCACUAAUAGUUCCACUAGUAGUUCUUAUACACCUAAGCCAACAACACCAAGCAGGCCACCUUCUCAAAAACCAAUGAAAACGCCAACGAAAUUGCAACAACAACAUCAAGUACCAAAUUUUUUCUUUGAUGAUGACGAUGAUGAUUCGUGGAAGAUUUGUCAAGUUUGUGCAGAUAAAGCUACAGGCUAUCAUUUCAAUGCUUUGACUUGUGAAGGAUGUAAAGGGUUCUUCAGACGAAGUAUGAAGAAUUCAAAGAACUUUACCUGUCCAUAUACUGGGAAUUGUACGAUAACAAAAAGUAAUCGCCGACAGUGCCAAGCUUGCCGUCUUGAUAAGUGCCUUCGUAUUGGCAUGAAAAAAGAAUGUAUAAUGUCUCAUUCUGAAAUUCAAAUGAAGAAAAAUUUAAUGUUGAAUAAUCGGAUAAAGAAAAAUAUUAUCUUAUGGAAACCUUCUGACUAUACACCUGAAAAAAGAAGCCUCGUUGAGUUGAUUACUACAUCACAUUGCCAGACAAAUAAUCCUCCGAAUAUAUCGGAAGAAGGUAUUGUUCUAGAAGAAAAGAAUCCAAAUGCUUCCCCUGCAUCAAGUACUGGAUCUGGUUUUUCAGAACUAAUCGAUCGAAUGACACAAGAUAUUGUAGCAACAGCCCCAGGUCAAGCUGGAGCAAGCAAAGCACAUUUGCAACAUUUUUCUGCUAUCAUGGAAUUCAGCAUUAAAGAGAUUAUCAAGUUUUGUAAAAAGAUCCCAGGUUUUAUUUCCUUAAGCCUCAAGGAUCAAAUCACAUUGUUAAAAUCAGGAUGUACGGAGAUAUUAUUUAUAAAAGCCAACUAUACAUAUGAUAGAAAACAGAACGCUCUCAUGUGUGGACCGGGAAAAUAUUACACCAGAGAAUCUUUCAUCCUCGGUGGAAUGUCAGAGGAAUACACAGAUUGCUAUUUACAAUUUCAUCAUAAGUUGAGUCACAUGGGACUCGAUGAUACUGAACUUGCUUGUAUUUGUGCUUCUACUCUAUUUUCAUCAGAUCGUGAUGAAUUAGAGAACAGAGAGGCAGUAGAAGCACAACAAGAAAUAAUUGUAUCUGCCUUGCAAGCUUAUUCAGAAAAUACAUACCACUGUCAAAUAAGGUUCCCUAAAAUCAUGGCUUACCUCACUCGCCUUCGUACAUUGAACUGGCAUAUAUCUAAAACACAUGGAAGAUUGGAGAACACAGAUGCAGCUGAAGCCAUUCAACCUCUUGUACUUGAAGUUACUCCAUCAGUGUGAUAGUUUUCAUCUGGUUUCUGUCUCUUCACAUUACAGUGGAAAAAUCUUCUAUGCCUCAAUCAAUGCAGGUUGCUUUAGCAACUGCAAAACUAAUCAGUCGAACUGCGCUACUCGUUUGUAUUUACUUGGCAACCCAGAACGUCAAACAAAUCAUGUUUUGAAUUAAGUUUCCAAGCACUUUUAUCUGUAACAAUUGUUCAAAUUUUGAAAGGAGGGAAAGUUCAUUAUUGGUGUGUAUCUGUUUGAACAUGGAACGCAGAACUAACUCUAUUCAGCAUAUUCAUAUGGUAUACUUUUAUGUUUCAUUGAUCGAAACCAUCAACAUAUUUGGUUUGUAGUGGUAAUUUCACUUUUAUUUGGAUGGUAAACAUUGGCUUGGAAUCUUUUGCUAGAAAACCAGUGUGGUCGCAUCUAUUAUCCCUAGAAUCCCAUUUCAUAUGAUUACUUUAACAAUUUGUAUAACGUUUUAUAUCUAUGUUAACUCAAAAAAGCAUUUAAUUAAAAUCCUAUUUACCUAUUAAUACCACACUUCAAAUUGUUGACUUACUUUGGUUUUCUUGCAAAAGACACACCAAUUUACGUUGAAAAUACCCUUUUAAGCCAUGUUUUGAUUGCUUAUCUGCUCCACACUUUUUACUAGACGGAUAGUUUAUAGCUCAUUAAAAUAAGAUGAGUUUUGCAAAGGAUGGGUACAUGGCAUUUUAUUGAUGAUUAAAGAAAACAAGGUCUAUUUGGUUGUAUAGUAGUUAUGUAGUAGUUAUUAUGACACUCAGGAAUAUAUAUUUGUGUAGAGUUGUUUCAAAGUUAGAGAACUGAAACGUAUUAUCUAGUCAUAAAUAACAGCCAGUUUAAUGCAUUCGAUGAUACUUUUAUUUUCAUUUUAUUUACUCUCCAUUUGCCUUUUUUUUCUUUCUAUUUUUACCCAUGAACUUUUAAACUUUAUUUUGUUAUAUUUCUUUUAGAAUUUUUUUUUUUUUGGUUUUGUAAACAGCAUUCAUUUUACCCAAGUAUGAUUGUGAUACAGAUAAUUUUAAUGGAAUUUUGUUUGAUUAUUGAUUUUUAAGAGAACAGAUGUUUUACAUACAUUAGCUGAAAAGCUAAAUAUCUUAUUGUGUUCAUUCUUACUAUGAGCAUUAUCCUUUGUAUUAUUACUUUGAAAUGAGCAAGACCUCUUAUCUGGUUAUCAGUUACGAUAAGGAAAUAGUUAAUUUACCUGUUUGUUGUAAUGUUUCUCGCAGGAUUUAAAUUCUUGAACUCAAAGCCUAGGAUUGUCGGCGCUGGGGAUGUUCCCAACGAUUAGCAUGAUGCUGUAACGCUUCAUCAUGGUUGGUUUCAAAUUCCAUCAGUUUAUUGUCAGAUUUCAGUGCUGAUUAAUUUGUGAAUAUAAUACAUUAAAAAAUUCAAGUUGAUUCAAAUUGUAUUUUCUAAUAAAAUCAAGUCAUGAUUAGGCUCAGUGAUUCUAUUAAUUUGUAAUAAUUUUUCUAUAAUAAAUGAAUGAUUCAGUGAUAGAAAUAUUUCUGUAUGCAUGCCAAAUAUUGGUUAUUGCAAAACUAUUUCUGGCAUUUCCAUCUGGAAUGGCGUUUCAUUUUAUUAUUUACAAUGUUCUUGAUAUAACUUGUCAUAUUUGGUUACCUUACGAUUUUUCUCUUUAAUCAUUUCAAGGAAAUCUCCUCUAUUUUAGUAAUUUAAUCCAGCAUCUGGUGAAAUGUCUUCCGAUGAGGUGUCAGGACAUACCUUAAUCAUUAGCAAAAAAUAUGACAAUGGUACUCUUACACAGCAACAGAUUUUACAAACUACCUCUCAAUUGUGAAGUAAACAAGUGAAGUUGAACCCCAAAUCAUUUUCAAAUAGUUUUCCACUCCAUUUAUCGCGAGCACCAUUUCUUAAUUGAUUAAGUUAUCAAUUUUUCUUAACUGUGCGCCGUUGCAGAAUAGAUAGAGAUCUCUAGUCUAUCAUCAUACCCAGUGUGUAAUAUAUUAGUCUGGCUUCAAAAUAUUGGGAAAAUGGUGUACUUUCUCAAAAUUUGAAAUACUUGACAGUGGGUUGUCAAUUUUUUUUUUUGUAUACAGUUAAAAUCCUUAAGCGGAUAUAUCACCAUUGAUUGGUUGGAAUGAUUUUAUGCUGAAUAUUAAAGAUGGUUGUUGUUAAAAAAGGUGUAAAAGAUUAUCCUAUAUCAGAAUCCCUAAAUAUAGUGUUUUUGCCACCUUAUUCUUCUCAAAUUGAUAAUAAUAUGAGCUAAACUAGAAACUUCCUCCUUUGAUUUAUGUAUCCAUUUUCUACAUCAUUCUGAGUUUAUUCGAAUGAAUUGGUGUUUUGGCUUAGCUUGUAAUUUCAAUCUAGAAUUGUUUAAAUUUAUAUAUUUGCAGUAAUCUCGUGAUAUAUAUGCCAUGUUUUACUUUAUGGAAUUUGAAAACUCAUGUUAUUUUUGUAAGAAUUGCAGCAAUUUUACAGGCAAAUAUGGAAAUUUAUAGAUGCGUAAAAUACACCUUCUUUUCAAAUAUAACAAUUCAAAUUUUGUUUGAACUAAAUCAUCUGGGGAUCCUUCAUUAAUAUUAUGAACAAUGUUAAUCCGAACCAUAUUCAACCACCGACCUCUGUAUUGAGAACAUAAUGUUUCUACUAAAAAUCAUGAAAUCAAGAAUAUUUAUUUGAGGCAUAUACUUUAUAUAAAUGCCUUAAUGUUUUUGCAUAAAAGUUGUUAUAUUGCUUUUUUCUUUUUCAUGAUUUUUUGGGAAAACCAAGGAUUUAUUCUACAUACAAUUUGAAAAGACGCUGUAUGAUAUUGCAAUAAUUUGUUUUGUAAUUAAUUAUUGGUUGUUCUUAUUGUUUUAUUUCCUUUUAUCUUGUUAUUUUUCUAUCCGCUGUUGCUAUGGCAACAUAUUUUAUUACAACGGUGAACAAAAUCUUAUAUAAUAAAGGGUUAUUCUGCUCAGAAA